AUGCCCCGAUCGGGGAAAGGUUGCAAAUCCACACCAACUCGGGAUAAAGUCGCGCUGAAGUUCUCCAGGGGUUCUUCCACAUGGAGGGUGUGGUGGUGGCCCACUCCUCUCGAGAUGCCGAGGGACGUGUCGUUCUCUCUCGUCCCAGACUCUGGAUGGAGGUCAGUACAAGAAGACGGUCAUGACCCCAUGAACUUGGACGGAUCGGGCCAGCCAACCUUUUUACUCCAUUCAGAUUUCGUUCUCGACUUUGGUUCUUCCAAUAAAACACACGGACAUCUUUCACAUUCUGUUGUGGUCCACCUACUCCGGAAAGAACAACAUCUCGCAGUCGAAAAGAUGCAGCCUCAAAGUGGUCUGUCGGCGCUUGCCGCCCUCGUCCCCAUGGUUCUGGCCUUGCCUCAACAGCAGCCUCCUCCACCAGGCCCUCCAGCUGCUUGUGCACCGGUCAACAUCAUCGUCGCCCGUGGCAGUCUCGAGGCGCAGGGCGCCGGUUUGUUGGGCAAUAUUGCCAUGAACGCGUCGAUGCAGAUUCCCGGCUCCGUCAUUACGCCAUUGGUGUACCCGGCACAACUCGACCCGUAUCCGCCUUCCGUGUCGGCUGGUGUGAUGAACAUGACGACUCUUCUUAAUCAACAGGCGCAGCAGUGCCCCCAGUCGAAGCUCGUUCUGAUGGGAUACUCUCAGGGCGCACAAGUGUCGCUGGACACUCUUUGUGGUACCACGGAUGGCCCGAACUUCAACACGACUGUUGCCCAGGCACCCAUGGUCGGAAGCAAGAUCGCUGCCGUCGUCUUGUUCGGUGACCCAACCUUCAUCGCCGGCCAGCCCUUCGCCAAGGGAACCUCAAAGAAGAACGGCAUCUUCCCUCGUAUGGAUCUCGGCCCAUGCCAGACCCUGACGAGCAAGUUCGCAUCAUUCUGUGAUGACACGGAUCUCUUCUGCGCCUCGGGCCAGAACUUGACCGUCCAUCUCGGCUACUUCUCGAAGCAGGACUACGUAGCCCAGGCAUCUUCAUUCAUCGUGCAGCAGACCAAGUAA